GUAGCUCGUAAGCUAGCAAUGGUGGAAGCGGAUUUGGAACGCGCUGAGGAGCGUGCUGAAGCCGGUGAAAAAAAAGCUCGUGAGAUGGAACGGGAGCUGGUUGCUGUGGGCAUGAAUCUGAAAACACUGGAAGUACACGAGGAGCGUGCUUUGCAGCGGGAGAAUUCUUUCUCGGAUCAUGUGCAAAGCUUACAAAAUCGCAUAAAAGAGGUUCAGUUUCUUUUUUUUCCUGUGAAAUUUUCUAUUGAAAAAUUUCAUUUUCACGCUUUUCAUCGUGUUAUCGUUGUUUUGUAUUUGUGCAGCAAAAUUGUGGAAUUGGAAGAGGAGCUCCGUGUCGUCGGCAAUAACUUGAAAUCUCUUGAAGUGUCCGAAGAGAAAGCUUUACAGCGUGAAGAUUCGUAUGAGGAACAGAUCCGUACUGUUUCGGCACGUCUCAAGGAGGUAUGA